AUGAUUAAAUUAGAUAAAUUAAUUUCUUUUGAAGGAUUAUUAAAAACCUUAUUACUAAAUGGUUGGGAUAUGAUAUUUAAAAUAUUGUUUUAUACAAGAAACAUUUAAAUUAAUAAUUGCUUAGAUAUUAUUUAAAUAAUUAUGGCAAGCGUAAUUCUGAUUUUAUAUUUUAUUGUGAUAUUAAACAAUUCUACCUGUAGAAAUUAGAAAGUAUAAAUCUAAAAGCAGAAAAGUUUUGAAAUCCUUAAUUUUAUUAGGUAAUUCUUAUUUAUAUUAUUUUUGAUUUAUGUAUAAAGUUCUUAGCUACUUUAAUUAGGAUUACUCCUUUUAACAAAUAUUUUCAAGAUCAAUUUAAUAUAUAAUUAUCGUUGCAUCUUUAUCAAAUCAAAUUAUAUAGUUUAGAUGGUUAUUAAGUCUACUUUCGGCUUUAUAUUAAAAAUUAAAAAAAUAUAAAAUAUAUUUUUCAAAGAAGGAAGACUAUACAUUGUGUAAAUAUAUAGUUGA